AUGGCUGAUCAACUUGACGAAGAGGACUCUUCAAAGAGAGUUCUCGUUGCGAGGAAAAUGCUCAAGACAAUGGGGUUUCACGAAGAGAUGCUUAGAAGUAUCGUCACGUCAUGGCUCGUUCCUCGUUUCAGACCCGAGAUUACCUCCGAGCUGGGUCACAGUCUUACCAGAAUCCAAGACGUUGGGUUCCUGGGGAUAACAAACAACUCCACCGAGGGGCUGAGACCUUACCGAAUGUUCGACAUUGCAGAUCGUAUGCUUGUUGACAACAUUGAUCCAUCAGCGCCAUACUGCAUGGUAUCGCACCGCUGGAAAGAUCCUGAAAUCAACCUCGAUCUACUUCGAAGCGCCAGAGAAUACGUCUCUCAGUCAUAUCCAGUUUGGUACAACUCGGAUCGGAAUGAUGUUGAGAUCAUUAUAAAAUACUGUAAGGAGAAGGUGAAGCAGCAAAGAAAAGAUGUUAACGGUUAUGCCGUGAAGAGCAGACUUGAUGAGAGGCUAUCACAGCAAGGCUGCUAUGUCCUAUCUCUUCUUGGGAUGCACCACCAGAGCAAAAAGAUUCACGCGGAAGUACGUGAAGCGCACAGAAACUUGGAGAGAAUUGUACGAGACCAAAAGGUUGUAGAGAUGGAAAACAGAGUAUACAAGGACCUCAAUAAUAAGGCGAAACAUCCUGAGGAUGGAAUUGCAAAUGGAACAUCGACAGUGGAGGCCUACCAAUACGAACAUACAACCAAUAAUGUUGAUGAGAACCAUGAUGUUAUCAAGGCCGCGUACGACAGAGUAUUUGACACAGAGUGGGAAAGAGACAAGCAAUCGGAGAACAUCAAAUUCGAUGCCCUGAGUCGGGAUCUCCGUGAGUCAGUGGACGGUAUGAUUCGCUGCUUACGUCUUUGGAGAUCUGCCAUCAAAAUCGAGCAGUCCAUUCUGAAAGCUGGAGAGAUUUUCGACCGUGGCCUGCUACCCGGCCAGAAGCAGCAAAAGUCUUAUGUGUGGCUUGAUACCUGCUGCAUAGACAAGAGCAACCAUAACGAGUAUUCUGAGUCAAUGUCACUUAUGGGGGAUUGGUAUGCACAGUCUGCAUUUACCCUGGUGCACUUGGAUACUGGAUUCGAUAAGUCGCCCAAGGGGUCUGAUGCAGAGAUCUAUUGGAAGGAGUUCUUGGGCACAGAUGGCGAUUAUGAGAAGUUGGCUUCACUCCCGGAUCGAGAAUUGGAUCAAGUUCAGAGCUACAGAGAUAUCGACAAUGAGCCGGAAGUUGAGUGGUCCACGAGAGGAUGGACACUGCAGGAGUUGGUCAUGAGUAGAAUGACAUACUUUGUCAAUGCUGACUGGGAGUUCCUACACCGACCUGUUGAAAAUCUAGGGCGCGCGUAUCAUCUCAUACCUUAUAUCGAUGUGUAUACCGAGGCUCUCGACGUCAAACCCACCCCAAACUCAUGGAAGCCAGAAGUCUUAAUGACUGCGCUAUUGAACUCUGGGGCAGUCCUCCAAAGUGACGCGAUGAAGGUGGUUUAUCCUAGGAUUCAGAAGGAAUCGGAGGAUGUGGAGGUCGAUGAUACGCAAUCUUUAAGCAACCGGCUAUUGACCUCGAUUGCGAUGCCAUGGAACUUGAUGGACACCAUGUUUCAUGUCGUCAAACCCGAACCAACCAAAAGCGAAAUAUCGAAGGACAAAUCUUCACGAGACACCUUGCUGCGAGAAAUUUCGGUGCUUUGGGAUCCGGCAUUGGCAACUCGGUUUCCUCAGAUUGAGGCUGACGAAAAGGACAAAGCAAAGCAAAAGCUUUUCAUGGUUCCCGAAAAUGCAUUCCCUCAAACAAGCCCGGAUGCGGAGGAAAGGGUACUACAUGCGCUUUCUAUCAUCAAAGCUCUCGAGUUGAUAGGAUUCUGUUUCCCCAGGGACAUAUCCCGUGAGACUGCCAAAUCAGAAAUGGCACAAGCCGUGUUCUUUGCCGCCGUGGGGCUCAUUGAAUGCUACGACGAAACUCGGCACCCCAUUGUUGUUCAGCGAAUGCUGCAGAGAGAGAUUGGUGGCGGUAAACCAAAUGAAGCCCAGGAAAAAGAACUACUGAGGCUGAAAAGGGAAGCGGAGAAGAGGGUGAAGCUUGAGAUGCGGAAAAAGCUCUUCCAAGAGCUGCUCAAUUCCUUUCCCGAAGCAAAGGAACGCUGCGCCAUCGACGAAAUGAAGAAUACGGAAGAAAAGGAAGAGGCAUUAUCCAAGACUCUUGCUUACAUCUUGCAUGUUGUUGUCGACCUGGUGAAGCCUUUGAUCCAAGAGGACCGACAGUACAUUGCCGACUUUGGCAACAUCACACUACUCGAUUCAUGGAUAGAAGGUACACAGAGAUUUGGUUUCACCACCCAAGAGGUCAUGACUUUGGCAUGCGAGCGAAAGACUACAAAGUCGUUUGAUCGUGCAUAUUCAUUGAUGGGUAUCCUGGGUGUUCGAUUCCCAACCUUUUCCGCAGAGGGAUAUGAGAAAGCACUCUGCCGACUCCUUGAUGAAACAAUCACCAUUCAUAACGACGUGUCGGUGUUCAAUUGGGUGGGAUAUAACAAAGGAAGUUCGAUGCGCGGCCGCUCGAUGUAUCCAUCAACACAGGAAGCAUACAAAUCCAAAGGCGGCAGGCUGCACAGCCGCAAUUCUUUUUCGGAAAUUGAAAAAGACAAGAUGCUGAGGACGACAAAUUCUUAUCAUGCCGUUGUUGCACUUUUGCGCGAUGCAAUCGACUUCCUCAAAAAGAACACUCCACCUAAGCAGGAAGUUGAAUGGAUCCAGGACAUUGCAACAAUCGUCAAGAGCUUCAAAUUGGAUGAGUUGAAAACGCCCCCAGUUGACCAUUCAAAAGUAGAAAAUCUUGGAAGUCAUAUCAGCAUUCACAGUAGAGCCGAAGCGUUACCAUAUGAGAUUGAGAUUAUCAGCAAAUUCAUCGGGUACAUCAUCAAUCCCUCCACUAGGCCAAAGUCUGGCCCGAAUAUCGAACCACAAAUUGUCAUGAUGAGAAAUCUUACGUCCCAGGUUUCUGUCAAUACAGAACUGGAGCAAGUUUAUGACAUACCUGCUCGUGUGUCAACCGACGACACUGAACCAGUUGAGCGACCUGUCUCUCCAAUUACGAACCAAGACUUUGCGCCUGCGGAUGAUGUAUCUGCAGUGGCUCCAACCGAGAUUCCAUCCCCUGAGGCAGGCGUUGAUGAUGAGUCUGCGCCUCUGGGUAGAAAGAGCAGAUUUGUAGAGCAACUCUCUGAAGCAGGCAAAACUCCAGUGGCGUCUGUGGUAGAGUCACAUAACAAGGCGCAGAAUGGAGAUGAGAUUGCAAAUCCUGACGACGAUGUUACUCGAUAUCUCCAAAAUUGGGCUUCGAGAGUCUCCCAAGGAUUCAAAGCAGAUCAGAAUACUCUAAAAGACCUACUACCGGCGAAAAUACAUGGGAUACAAUACAAAAUUGAGGAGCAGCAGCAUCAAGAAAUCUCCACCAACAAAGUGUCAUACUUUGGCUCCUCGAACAUGGUCUCACCACACCCUAUUAUAGUCACCAAUGCAGGCAUUGAGGGUAUAUUCGACGUUCAGCGUGUCAUUAUUACAAUGGCGGACAUUGAUGGCCUUCGACAACAAGUCGAGCAUACGACAAGUACUGAGCAAAUAAUAUCUGGUUACUGCUCAAUCAGUACCGGGUUUGCGCAGGUGAUUGUACGAUUCUCCUGCAAGAGUGGCCUCUUGAGGAAACAGCUCGAGGUCAAUGAUGGAAUCGACUUUGACGUGAUAAAAGAGAAAAGUCCAAGUAAAAAGGAAGAUAAAAAGCGGGAGCAUAAAACGACUGCCAAAGUGCUUUGGAAUAAAUUGAAGAGAGAUAAAAAGGACAAGGACGACAAGGAUGGAGAUAAGAAGAAGAAGAAGAAGAAGGGGAAAGAGGAAUCAAAUGAUGGCAUAGAAAGCGACUUGCUUAUGUCGGAGAAUCUAGAUGAUUCUGGCAGCAAGAAUGGGAUUCAGAAUGAGGCAUCGGAAGGCCAACCAAUUCGCGACACGGAUGAAGAGAAGACCAUCAGCCGGAUGAUCAAAUUUAUCCAGGAAGAGGACUUGCGACUUGUGGCAGGUGAAUGGGUGCUUGCGCGAUGCUCAGGCGUAACCGACGCCAACUGGUUUCUCUGUCAUCUCGAGUUGGGCUCGACACAUCCAUUUUACGGAUAUCGCAUCCCAACGAGUGAGAUUGACUUUGAGAAUUGCAUCCCGGAAGACGGGCUGGUGUUGGCGUGGAACACAUACAUGAACCGAAAGAAGGAAGAAAUGUGCAAAAUCUUGACAAUGCUGCUCAAGUCAAAGGAGCGCAAGCUCAAGAGGAGAAAGUUGGUCGGCCGCAUACUACGUGAUCUGGCGCCGGUAGAUGAGAAAGCCGAGCAUGAGCAUGAAGACAUUCAGCGAAGCGUGGUCGACAGGAUUGAUGCCAAUGACGGCGAAAUUGAUAAUACGCAGAAUGAGUAUGACUAUCUGGAUGAGUACCCUCAGGAUAGAAGCGAAGCUGCGAGAGGAUUGCGGCCAAGUUCGGAGCUUCACUCUUACGAUUCCGCGAUGAGCAUGCCACAAGAUGACAUGUGGUCAGCUCCCGUGGAUCCUCAAUCUCAAUUCACAACUUCGAGUUUCGAGACGCCGAGCAUGUUGCCCAACCAGGAACUCCGUCCCGAAGACUCGGUAUCCAAUAUCGGAGAUCAAGACUCGAGGCCGAGUCAACAGCCGCCGACGCUGCGUGGCUCUACAGCAGCCUCAAAAGACGGCGAGGACGACGAUGGAAAAUCGCAUUUUUGGGAUUAUCUGCCAUUCAUUGAAAAAGUUGCCGAGACAAAGGCCAAGCAUUUCGACAAGCAUUUGAGCGCCACGGUGUUGAAGGACACGCCGCCGGUGCUUCGGCAGGCGAUUGAGAAUUUGAAUGACAAUAGGGAUUUCUUGCCGGCCAUGUUUCACUCUGCGAAGAAGGUUCAUAUGUUUUAG